CCUAUUACUAAACUAACUCCAAUUCAGUUUGGCCCCGAUUCGCCAGUCGUGUAUGCAUUGGAAGGUUCGGGUUCGAUUGGUGGCAAUGUUGUGCGCUUUCUACGCGACAACUUCAACUUUAUAAAGAACGCUUCGGAGAUGGAGUCGAUCUGUCGUUCAGUAGAAACCACAGAAGGUGUCAUUUUCGUGCCAUGUUUCACCGGCCUUUACACUCCUUAUUGGGACCCAACAGCUCGAGGAACAAUUCUUGGCCUUACACAGGUCACGAAUCGCGCUCAUAUCUGCCUCGCUGCCCUUCGAGCCGUAGCAUAUCAGAGUGCUGAAAUGAUAAAAGCUGUGGAAGAAGAUCUUGGCGACAGUGACUUGGUCCAUACCCUGAAGACUGACGGAGGAAUGACCGCUAAUAUGCUGUUCAAUGAAAUACAAGCAGAAAUUAUUGGAAAGGUCAUCAAAACUCCGAAGAUCACCGAAAUUUCCGGUUGGGGAGCGGCUGUUGCUGGCGGCAUCGGUGCGCAGCAGAUCAGCCUUGACGACUUUUCUGCUCGAGAUCCACUGGUACGCUUAACAGACUACAACACUUCAUUGCGA